UGCAACCAGAACAUGCUUGGACGCCAUUUUAAAGUAGUGAACUUUCCUGGGAGCCCAUCGAUGGGUUCGAAGGUCAACCUCCCAAGGGCAAAACUGGUAAUUGAAAACCAUGAUGAACCGGAUUCCGUCUCCUUCACCUGCAACCGAAUCAGUUCAUCGCCGUCGUCGUCACUCGGCCGGCCACCGACCAUCGUUUUCCUCUCUCGUGCCUUUCACUGCACCGAGGGGAACCCUUCCAACAGCCGGCGUACGGCGGCGGAAAUCGAGGCGGAAGAAUCUUGCUUUGUUUUUUUCUUAAAUGCCCCUAUAUUAUCACCGUUUGUUUUGCAAUCAACGGUCAUGAUCAAGAUAACAACGAUCUCUUAAUAAUAAGAGAAACGCUUCUCCCUCUCUCUCUCUCUUUGUUUUAAUAAUUUUUUUCAGCGAGUCAUCGGAUUCCAGUUCCUCUCCGUGGCGAGCAGCGUCCUUGCUUCCCAAAUUCUGAAAUUUGACAAUAUUUCCUUUCUCUUGCUGCUUUUGCUCUCCGCUUCCUGUUCCCAUGGAUUCGGAUUCGAAGGCGGAGGCGAUUAAGCGUGCAAAGGUGCUGAUGGUAGGCGCUGGUGGCAUUGGUUGCGAAUUGCUGAAAACCCUCGUGCUUUCUGGAUUUCAAGAAGUUCACAUCAUUGACAUGGACACUAUAGAAGUCAGUAACUUGAAUAGACAAUUUUUAUUUCGACAAAGUCAUGUAGGUCAGUCGAAGGCCAAAGUUGCUCGAGAUGCGGUCUUGAAAUUUGUACCUCAAAUAAAGAUAACACCUUACCAUGCAAAUGUUAAGGAUCCUGACUUCAAUGUAGAAUUUUUUAAGCAAUUUAAUGUUGUAUUGAAUGGUUUGGAUAACCUGGAUGCUAGACGACAUGUUAACCGUCUUUGCCUUGCUGCUGAAGUCCCAUUGGUUGAAAGUGGAACGACAGGCUUUUUGGGACAGGUGACUGUCCAUAUUAAGGGUAGAACUGAAUGCUAUGAGUGUCAACCAAAACCGACCCCAAAAACCUAUCCUGUCUGCACAAUCACCAGCACACCAUCAAAGUUUAUUCAUUGUGUAGUUUGGGCAAAGGACUUGCUUUUUGCAAAAUUGUUUGGUGAUAAAAAUCAGGAGAAUGAUCUCUUUGUACCUAGUAACAAUGCUUCUGAUUCGGUGAAACCUACAGACAAUAUAAUUGAGCGAGGCUCAGAUGAGGAUCCUGAGCAGUACAGCAGAAAGAUCUAUGACUAUGUUUUUGGAUAUAACAUUCAAGCUGCUUUGGCUAAUGAAGAAACAUGGAAGAAUAGAAGCCAGCCUAAACCAACCUUUCUUAGAGAUGUGUUGCCUGAAAAAGACAUCCUACACAAUGGUAUCCUUGAAAGUAACUGCUUGAUUGAUGAUUUAUCAUUAUCUGCUAUGCCAUUUCUUGGUCUGAGUAACCCACAGGAGGUUUGGAAUCUUGCUGAAAAUUCAAGAGUUUUCUUGAAAGCAUUACAAUUAUUUCUUGAGAAGCGAGAGAAGGACAUUGGGAACCUUACUUUUGACAAAGAUGAUCAAUUGGCUGUAGAAUUUGUUACUGCUGCUGCUAAUAUUAGGGCAUCUUCCUUUGGGAUUCCUUUACAUAGCCUUUUUGAUGCUAAGGGAAUUGCUGGGAACAUUGUGCAUGCUGUUGCAACAACUAAUGCUAUUAUUGCUGGAUUGAUAGUGAUUGAAGCAAUCAAGGUGCUUCAAGCUGAUUUUCAGAAUUGUAGGAUGACCUAUUGUCUCGAACAUCCAUCUAGAAAGAUGCUUCUGAUGCCAGUCGAGCCAUAUGAGGCCAACAAAUCUUGUUAUGUCUGUUCUGAGACACCCUUGCUUCUUGUGGUCAACACUCGAACCUCAACACUGAGAGAUGUCGUUGAAAAAAUAAUAAAAAAUAAAUUGGGCAUGAAUCUCCCUAUGGUAAUGCAAGGUACUACCCUUAUCUAUGAGGUGGGUGACGAUCUGGAGGAAGAUGAUGUCGCUAACUAUGCCUUAAACCUUGAUAAGAUCUUAGCAGACCUCCCUGCACCAGUUACAAGUGGCACCAUUCUCACAGUUGAGGAUUUUCGGCAGGAGUUGAAAUGCCAUUUAAACAUUAAACACAGGGAUGACUUUGAUGAGGAGAAAGAGCCAGACGGGAUGGUUCUGUUAGGAUGGACAGAUGGGGCUAUAAGCAACGGACAGAGCACAUCGACCGACCACCAAGUAGCAGUGGGAUCAACAGAAUCUGAAGGGAUUAAAGUAGCUACAGAAGUGUCUGGGAUGAAGAGAGAACUAAAUAACUCAAAAACUCCUCAAGAUGUUGAAGACGACAAUGAUGAGGAUGAUGACCUUGUUUUACUUGAUAAUCAUUCAGAAACAAAUAAGAAGCAGAGGUUGCAUUAGGUUUGAAAGUUGACAUCUUACUCCAGGCCCUUGUAAAGUAAGUUCAUUUCUUGGCUGCUUAACUUGGUGGGAAGCUGUUUGAAUUAACAAAUUAUACUUGCUCUGCAAUCAUCCAAAUUAUUGAAGGGUAUUCCUAGAAUACAGAUUGUCGUAUAGGUUACCUAUCUGAGAUGAUCCAAAUUGACUAGUUAGUUGAUUAGUUUGUCGUAUUGGGAACUUCUGUAACAUUAAUUUUUGUCUGGCUUAGUCAAUUUUUAUUUUGUAGUAUACUCUGUAACUCGUAUUGAGCAAUUAAGAAUUCAGGAAGAUCUGAUCAUGAUAGGUCUCCAUUUGAGCUA